UGGUAGGUGGAAGGGGGCAGAGUUUCGCCGACAAAUCUCAGUCUCGUCCUGGGAAACACCUCCCUCCGCUUUGCGGAUGGGGCGGCGGACCGAGUUGCAGUCGGGACACCCUCAACUUUCCUGAAACACCGAACACACACACGCACACACACACACGCAAACACACCACAAACCGUCCGACGUCGUGGCAUGCAGCGACUGUAACUCGUUUCGGAUUGUGCUCGACUCCCCUGCGCUCCCGAAUUAUGGCUCCGUUUGGGAAAAACUUCCUGAAAGCUCGACUGAAGAACAGGACAAAAGAUGCCGAGCCCAUGAUAGGAAAGGAGAUUCAGGUUACUGUCUGUAAGGAGGAGAAGGUUGUCUGUGGAGUAACAAAGCACACAACUUGUGCAGAUAUGAUUCAGGCAUUACUGGAGGAUCACAAGUCAGUCCCGGAGAGCAAGCGGCUCCUGCACGGGGACCCCAAAGACUUCUGUCUGGUCGAGCGGUGGAAGGGUUUUGAGAGAGCCUUGCCUCCUCUCACCAGAAUCCUGAGGCUCUGGUAUGCCUGGGGGGACCAGAGACCCUUGAUCCAGUUUAUUCUUGUUAAAACCAGCGAUUUUGUGCCUCAGCCUGCCAAGAAGGCUUUAAAGUCCAAGGGGGCCAAGCCGAAGCGUUGGGAGAACGGUCGUGCGCAGUACCCCCAGUCUCUGGCAGUGGAGAAGCAGAAGCGCAUGGUGAAGAAAGCUUUCAGGAAGCUGGAAAAGCUUCACAACGAGAGUAAGAGCUCCCCGGGUGCUGAGGAGAUUGACCGGAUGGUGAAGCUCAUUCUCAACCAGGACCACACCAUCCGGGAGCAGAUCCAACGAAUGAGGGAGCUGGAUUUGGAGAUUGAGCGGUUUGAACUGCAAGUGCAGAGAGAAGCUGAGUCCGAGAGUUUAUUGGCACAGGCUUGUGGUCAGAGUUUGGAGGUGCAGAGUGAGGAGCAGCUGCAGGAGUACCUGUACACCAGAGAUGGAAUUGAACAGCUUGAGCUGCAGGUCCAGAGACACCGGGAGCUCAUCCUCCAGCUGUCCCAGGAUAUUGACACUGAGCUGGGGAAGGCUAACUUCCCACUAGACCAAGAUGAGGAGAGUGAACAGGAAGGAGCAGCGGCUGCUUCCUGGAUUGCCUCUGCGACAGACCAAUCCUUCUACGCUGCUGAACUCGAGAGGCUGCAGGAUGAACUGAAACAAAGCCUCUUCACCGGUGUGUCCAUUCACAACCAAGCUGGAGAAAUAGACAAACAGCUGAAGUACUUUGACACUACGCUGGCCUCCAAGGACCAGGAGUGCUGGCAGCUGGCUGCCCAGCUGAGCUCGUUGCAAAUCGGGGACAGCGCAGAGGAUAAGUCCAGUCCUCUCCCUCUGAAAAGUGAGACUCAGUGCAGCGUCUCACAGACAGUGAAUCUCAAACACAGCCUGUCCCCUCUAGACGUUACAGACACAGACUCAGACACCGGGAUUAGCUCCACACACAGUCAAGACUCGUUGUCACCAUGUCUCGACUUCCCUCCCCCACUGGAUACAGACGUUUGAACAACCCGGCUGACUCUGCAGUUUAAUGUUCUGUAUGCACUAACCCCAGUUUGUGCCGCUCAGGUGUUAUCAUUAGAUUUGAGCAUUUCUUUGUCUGAAAGAUAAAUCCCUGGUGACGUUUCAUAAACAAAAAAGGUAAUUUAACUGGAGCUGAAACAAUAAGUCGAUUCAUUUUUUGCUAAUCAGCUAUUUUAAUAAUCAAUAAACUAUUUCAGUCAUUUUUAUAAGUGAAAAUGUUAAACAUUCUCUUCUUUCGGAUUCUCAAAGGUUCUGCUGCUUUUUUAAGUCAUAUGGCAUCAUAUGGAAUGGAAGUCAACAAACAAGCAAUUUGAGGAUUUCAUUUUUUUCUGGCAUUUUGUUGAGAAAAAAAAA